UCAGGUUUUCAGCAUUUCAGCCUCAAUAGUUUUAAUUUGUCCAUCAGCCUUCGGGCUUUCUUUAGUAAUUGUAAUGACUUAGUUGUAGGCUGUGCCGUAGUCUCUCCUGGUGGUGCAUUCAACCAAAAUUUUCCUGCGAUGCUGCUUUACUUGCGGCGCUACCGAUCAUUCUGGUGGGGUAUGCUAAUAGCAUCACUCACAUGGAUGACGAGCAUCUAUCUCUAUUGGAAUCUUACGGCUGAACAAUCAUUACAGACCAUAUCGGAGUCAGCUCCUACCCCUCUCAAACUUCUCAAACCUCUCAAACACCAUAAUCCACUGGAUAACGAGAUCCUGCCGUAUGAGAAUGAUAAAACCAUUGCUAAAAAUAAGAAGAAGUAUUUCCAGUAUGAAAAUGGCUACAAGAACAGUGAUAAUCUGAAGAAGAAACUGAAGGUUCAGUACCCCACUCCAGAAUCACCACUGCCAUUUGGACUUGAUGAACUUGGCUUGGUGAAGUCCGUGGCAGACCUGCGCCUCAAAGAAGAAGGCUACAAGCUCCAUGGCUUCAACGCUCUCAUCUCUUCAAGGCUGGGCUACCAUCGAUCCAUCAAUGAUACUCGCCAUCCCCUCUGCCGCACGCAAACUUACCCUUCAGACCUCCCCACAGCAAGCAUUGUCAUCUGCUUCUACAACGAGCAUGCCGACACUUUGAAACGAUCUGUCCACAGCAUCCUGGAACGUACCCCUGAACGCUUUUUGCAUGAAAUCAUUCUCGUUGACGAUUUUAGUGACCUUCCUGGACUGGAGGAAGAGGUCAAUCAAUUUGUUGCUUCUAAGGGAAUGGAAAAGGUGAAGUUGGUACGAGCUAAACAAAGGGAGGGACUGAUUCGAGCAAGAGUGCUCGGUGCUGGGAAGACAUCUGGCCAGGUUCUGAUCUUUCUGGACAGCCAUAUUGAAGUUAAUGUAGGCUGGAUAGAGCCACUUUUGGCAGCAAUAGCCGCUGACUCGCAUACUGUUGUCACCCCUAUUAUUGAUGUCAUCAAUGCGGACACUUUCCAUUACACGCCGUCUGUCAUUGUGCGAGGUGGCUUUAACUGGGGUCUCCACUUCAAGUGGGAAUCCCUCCCUAAGAACCUUUUAAAAACGGACGAGGACUUUAUUAAACCCAUCAGCUCACCAACAAUGGCAGGGGGCCUUUUUGCAAUGGAUCGUGCGUACUUUUAUGCGCUAGGCACGUACGACAAAGGAAUGGAUAUCUGGGGCGGUGAAAACUUGGAGCUCUCUUUCCGUGUAUGGAUGUGCGGAGGACGGCUGGAAAUAAUCCCAUGCUCACGCGUGGGCCAUGUUUUCCGUAAGCGUCGACCUUAUGCAGACCCAUCAGGCCAGGACUCGAUGCUUAAAAAUUCUUUGCGUGUGGCCAUGGUCUGGCUGGAUGAAUACAAAGAGCACUACUUCAAUCACACAAUGCAAGCCAGACGAGGGGAUUAUCCGUAUGGUGAUGUGUCGGAACGAAUUGCACUCAGAAAUACAUUGGGAUGCAAAAGCUUUGAUUGGUAUUUAAAGAACAUUUAUCCAGAGUUAGCUCUUCCAACAGAUGAUAAAGAAAGGUUGAAGAAAAAAUGGGAGGCAAUGGAACAACCAAAGUAUCAGCCAUGGAACCAACGUGAGAGGAAUUUUGUCAAUCAGUUUCAGAUCCGAUUGUCCAAUACUGCCCUUUGUGUUGCACCUGAGAAAGAUUUGAAGAAAGGCUCUCUUUUAGUUCUUAAGUCUUGUCUGCGAACAAAAAACCAGAUGUGGUAUGAGACGGACAAAUCAGAACUCAUCGUUGCGCAGCUAUUGUGUCUGGAUGCAGGGAAGCCCAGACCUAAAAUUUCCAAAUGCCAUGAAAUGGGUGGUCUUCAGUCGUGGAAAUAUCAUUUGAAGAAGGGUUCACCCAUUUACAAUGUAGCAGCUGGUACGUGCUUGAGUGCAGAGACGGCAGAACAAGGCGCUUAUGUAACAAUGGACAUCUGUACUAGUGAACUGGUUCGUUGGGAUGUCAUUGAAGUCUGAGUCCAACAAUGAAUUCAAAGGAAAGACAAAUCAAAGGCUGUAUUUUGCAGAGAGAUUCAAAUUUUUUUGAAUCAAUUUGUGCCUUAAAGGAGGGGCGCCUGCGUCUCGCCAUUUUUUGGUAAUGCACGGAAAAGUCUCCUUUUAGAAGAAGUAACCAUAGGGAAACUGUUACUGAUCGCUAUCAUAGUUUUUGAAGCAGGUAGAAUGAGUUCUUAGAAUAUAUAUCAGUUCUACUUCGUAAACCAACAGAUAGAUGCACAAGAUAAAAAAUGUUUUGACUAGGAGCUUGUCAUGUUCCACAGAGUAGUCAUUUCUGAUAAUGGCAGCUUUAUCGAAGUUUAUCGGUAUUUUGAAAACAAGGUGCACUGAUAGCCUGCCAACAGCGCUUUUUUUGAAACCUUCACCUUAAAAUGGUUAAAGCAAGGUUUUCACUGAAUCUCGCUCAUGGAACAUAUCUUGGAUGUACAAAAAGGAGAUUUAAAGGAAACCAAACUUUGCUUAGGAUCAGAUACUUUUGAUAUCUCAAGAAAUUGAAGUUGGUAAAAAGUGAGAUAAGACUAUAUAUACUUCCAAGCUCUCUUUAAUGACUAUUAACAAAAUGUUGGAAGCAAUCCUUGAGACCUUACUUUGUACAAUAGUUCAAUUUCACCUUGUCUUUUUCUUCUUUCAGAUUUCCCCAACAGUACAAUACAUUAAUUCUUUUCAGCAAGGUUAUGAUAAAAACUUUGAAUUUUUGUCACUGUAUUGCAAAAUCUUUUUCAUUGGACCACUAGACUAGAUGCAGAUUCAUUCUGCUUCAUGUUUUCUCAUCAAAAUUUCACGUAGAACAGGACUUGUGCCAUGAAAAUUAUUACAAGUAUCGUUUAACUAAGAUGUUAACAUGUUCGUUGCAAAAAUUCAAACUUUCUGUUUAUGAAAAAAACCAUGAUCCACUAAUACUAAACGUUACCUGCACAGUCUCUGCAGAGUAGGAAAUACGGCAACCUCAAUCUCAGCGCUGUGGCUCAGCUGUUACCUGCUCUUUAUAAUUUUAACAAUAUAGGACGGUAAAGGAAGACAGUUCGAUUAACAAGCCUACCAAAACCUUUGUAGUGCGCGUUUAGAUUCACUAGACUUUUGUUUUUCUUGGGAGCGGAAAAGUCAAAUUUUUCAUAACCAAGUAAAGUAAAAACGAUAAUAUCUUAAUCUCAGUAAUUUUCGUUGCAAAAAUCAUGUUUUACAUGAAAUUUUAUCGAGGAAACAUUUAUCAGAAUGGUUUAAUUUGUACCUUGUCUUGUGAUCCAUUCUAUUAAGGUACCUAUUUUUUUUAUUUAAUUAUUUAUUUACUUUAUUUUCAAAUGAAUCUUCCACUAUUCUCUGUAGGUAGGAUAGUAAAUCGGCCAGAGAUCUGAUCAAAUAUCUAUUCUGCAAAAUUAUUUUAUAAUUUUACAUUUUAUUCAUUUUUCAUUUACAAGCCUUUUGGCAGUUAUUUGUAUAUUCUCAUAACUGGGAACAAGCCCUCAUUUAAAUCAUUUCUACUUUACCUGAACUUAAUAAAACUGGAUAAAACAGUUGUAGCUCCUCUUUGUCUGUAGAUAAAAGACUGAAUGUAGCUAUGAAGAGCAGACCAAAUCAGAUAGACCUAUGAAUGGAAGAUAUGAUAUUACAAUACUCAUGCCUCAAAUGUUACUUUGUUACAAGAUGAAUUCCUUAAGUAAUUUUUUGUUUCUUGACUUUCUUAAAAACUAUCGAUAUCGUAAGAGCUGAGUGUUUUUAAAUCAAGGUAUAAUUAGGACUUUGUUUUCUUGAUAAUUAUUCUUUAAAUUACCAGGAAACUACUUUGUUCAGAAUUUAGGGAAAUCUUGGAAGUUUCCUAACUCAAAAAUUUCAUUAGAUUUCAAUAAAAAACGAAAAAAUGACACUGAACGUUCCUACUGCUAAAUUACCCCUGUUACUUGUUGGACUA